AUGAUUUUACGAAGAAUCCUGCCUGGUGAAGUAAGGAUAAGGCAUUACCCAGAAGGAGCAUUGCUUACAGUGGAAACACUGUGCAGGUUACACCCUGCAGAACGCAGAGUAGAUGGAGACUGUAAGCAAGCUGAAAGGAGAGUGAAUGUGUAUCGUCCAGCAAAAAACAGACAGGAAGAGCUUACAUGUUGCCAGCUUCCAAUAAAGGCUGGCCAGCAGAAUACCCACACCAAAGUCAGUACGGAGCACAACAAGGAAUGUCUCAUAAACAUUUCCAAGUACAAGUUUUCCCUGGUCAUCAGUGGUCUCACUAAUAUCUUAAAAAAUGUUAAUAACAUGAGAAUAUUUGGAGAAACUGCUGAAAAGAAUUUAUAUCUAUCUCAGCUGAUUAUCUUGGAUACACUGGAAAAAUGUCUGGCAGGGCAACCAAAGGAUACCAUGCGACUAGACGAGACUAUGCUGGUAAAACAGUUGCUGCCAGAAAUCUGCCACUUCAUCCACACUUACCGUGAAGGGAACCAGCAUGCAGCUGAACUACGAAAUUCUGCCUCUGGGGUCCUUUUUUCUCUUAGCUGCAAUAACUUUAAUGCUGUGUUCAGCCGCAUUUCCACCAGAUUACAGGAACUGACUGUUUGUUCAGAAGAUAAUGCUGAUGUUCAUGAUAUCGAACUUUUACAGUACAUCAGUGUGGAUUGUUCAAAACUAAAACGACUCUUGCAAGAGACUGUAUUCAAGUUUAAAGCCCUUAAGAAAGUAGCUCAGUUAGCUGUUAUCAACAGUCUUGAAAAGGCAUUUUGGAACUGGGUGGAAAACUAUCCUGAUGAAUUCACAAAGCUGUAUCAAACACCACAGACUGAUAUGGCUGAUUGUGCAGAGAAGUUGUUUGACUUAGUGGAUGGCUUUGCUGAAAGCACAAAACGUAAAGCAGCAGUUUGGCCACUGCAAAUCAUACUCCUGGUCCUGUGUCCAGAGAUAAUCCAAGAUAUAGCAAAGGAUGUGGUAGAAGAAACUAAAAUGAACAAGAAACUGUUCCUGGACAAUCUCAGGAAGGCACUUGCAGGCCACAGUGGGAGCAGACAGCUGACUGAAAGUGCUGCUAUUGCUUGUGUUAAACUGUGCAAAGCAUCUACCUACAUCAACUGGGAAGAUAAUUCCGUCAUUUUCCUACUAGUGCAGUCCAUGGUAGUAGAUCUUAAGAAUUUGCUGUUUAAUCCAAGCAAACCUUUUUCAAGAGGCAAUCAAAAUGCAGAUGUAGACCUUAUGAUUGACUGCUUAGUUUCCUGCUUCCGCAUAAACCCUCAUAAUAACCAACACUUUAAGAUCUGCUUGGCACAGAAUUCUCCAUCAACAUUUCAUUAUGUACUGGUAAAUUCGCUCCACCGAAUAAUCACAAAUUCUGCGUUGGACUGGUGGCCCAAGAUCGAUGCUGUGUACUGCCAUUCCAUGGAGCUUCGCAGCAUGUUCAGUGAGACACUUCAUAAAGCUAUUCAAGGCUGUGGGUCACAUCCAGCAGUUCGCAUGACUCCAAGUCUUACAUUUAAGGAGAAAAUGACAAGCCUUAAAUUUAAAGAAAAACCUACUGAUUUGGAAACCAGAAGCUACAAGUUCUUGCUGUUGUCCUUGGUAAAACUGAUCCAUGCUGAUCCAAAGCUUUUGCUGUGUAAUCCAAGGAAGCAAGGGCCUGAGACGCAAGGUAGCACGGCUGAAUUAAUUACAGGCCUUGUACAACUUGUUCCGCAAUCCAGCAUGCCAGAUAUAGCACAAGAAGCCAUGGAGGCCUUGCUAGUUCUUCACCAGUUAGACAGCAUUGACUUGUGGAAUCCUGAUGCACCUAUAGAAACAUUCUGGGAAAUUAGUUCACAAAUGCUUUUUUGUAUCUGCAAGAAACUAACUAGUCAUCAGAUGCUCAGCAGUACAGAAAUCCUCAAGUGGCUGCGAGAGAUUCUCAUCUGUAGGAAUAAAUUUCUUCUAAAAAACAAACAAUCAGAUAGGAGUUCCUGCCACUUUCUCUUCCUUUAUGAUGUCUCUGGAGGUGGAACUAGUCAAAUUUCUCUUGACCAUGAAGAGAUGAUACGCUGUGCUCCAGGAGCUACCCUCAGGAAAGGGAAAGGGAAUUCUUCCAUGGAAAGUACAGCAGGAUGCAGUGGAACACCGAUUUGUCGCCAAGCCCAAACAAAAUUGGAAGUCGCCUUAUACAUGUUUUUGUGGAGCCCGGAUAUUGAGGCAGUCCUUGUUGCAAUGUCCUGUUUCCGUCACCUCUGUGAGGAAGCAGAUAUCAGAUGUGGAGUAGAUGAAGUCUCAGUGCAUAAUUUUUUGCCAAACUACAAUACUUUCAUGGAGUUUGCAUCUGUUAGCAAUAUGAUGUCAACAGGAAGAGCAGCUCUUCAGAAAAGAGUGAUGGCAUUACUAAGACGCAUUGAACAUCCAACUGCAGGGAACACAGAGGCCUGGGAGGAUACACAUGCAAAAUGGGAACAAGCUACAAAACUAAUCCUUAACUACCCAAAGACCAAAAUGGAAGAUGGGCAGGUUACUGAAAGUCUUCAUAAGACAAUUGUUAAGAGACGAAUGUCGCAUGUUAGUGGGGGAGGCUCCAUAGAUUUGUCUGACACAGAUUCUCUUCAGGAGUGGAUCAACAUGACGGGGUUCUUAUGUGCGCUUGGAGGAGUGUGCCUACAGCAUCGUAGCAAUGCGGGAUUAGCAACCUACAGUCCACCUAUGGGCCCUGUCAAUGAGCGUAAGGGCUCCAUGAUAUCUAUGGUGUCCACUGAGGGAAAUGUAGAGACUCCUGUUAGCAAAUUCAUCGAUCGAUUAUUGACUCUGAUGGUCUGUAACCAUGAGAAAGUGGGACUUCAGAUACGGACUAAUAUUAAAGAUCUGGUGGGUUUGGAGUUGAGUCCAGCACUUUAUCCAAUGCUGUUUAACAAACUGAAGAACACCAUCAGCAAAUUUUUUGAUUCUCAAGGACAGGUUUUGUUAACUGAGACCAACACACAAUUUGUAGAGCAAACCAUUGCUAUAAUGAAGAAUUUGCUUGACAAUCAUACAGAAGGGAGCUCAGAACAUCUUGGACAAGCUAGUAUUGAGACAAUGAUGCUAAAUCUGGUUAGGUAUGUGCGUGUGCUUGGAAAUUUGGUACAUGCAAUUCAAAUAAAAACUAAGCUAUGUCAGUUAGUAGAAGUAAUGAUGGAGAGGAGAGAUGACCUUUCCUUUUGCCAAGAAAUGAAAUUUAGGAACAAAAUGGUGGAAUAUUUGACAGACUGGGUCAUGGGAACAUCUAAUCAAGCAACAGAUGAGGAUGUGAAAUGCUUGACAAGAGAUUUGGACCAAGCGAGUAUGGAAGCAGUGGUCUCUCUUCUUGCUGGGCUUCCACUACAGCCUGAAGAAGGAGAUGGCGUUGAGCUGAUGGAAGCAAAAUCUCAGUUAUUUCUUAAAUAUUUCACACUGUUUAUGAACCUUCUAAAUGACUGUAGUGAAGUUGAAGAUGAAAGUGCACAAACAGGUGGCAGGAAACGUGGAAUGUCUCGAAGACUAGCUUCACUACGGCACUGCACUGUUCUUGCUAUGUCAAAUUUGCUCAAUGCGAAUGUGGACAGUGGCCUUAUGCACUCAAUAGGCUUGGGCUAUCAUAAAGACCUCCAAACAAGAGCUACGUUUAUGGAAGUCCUCACCAAAAUUCUGCAGCAGGGAACAGAAUUUGAUACGUUGGCAGAAACAGUGCUAGCAGAUCGGUUUGAGAGAUUGGUGGAGUUGGUUACAAUGAUGGGUGAUCAGGGGGAGCUUCCUAUUGCUAUGGCUUUAGCCAAUGUGGUGCCUUGUUCUCAGUGGGAUGAGCUAGCUCGUGUCCUGGUCACACUCUUUGAUUCCCGGCACUUGCUCUACCAGCUACUCUGGAACAUGUUUUCAAAGGAAGUUGAACUAGCAGAUUCCAUGCAGACACUGUUCCGAGGAAACAGCUUAGCCAGUAAAAUAAUGACUUUCUGUUUUAAGGUAUAUGGUGCUACAUAUUUGCAGAAGCUUUUGGAACCUUUAUUAAGGACUGUGAUCACAUCCUCUGAAUGGCAGCAUGUUAGCUUUGAGGUGGAUCCAACAAGGCUGGAGCCUACAGAAAGCCUUGAAGAGAACCAGCGGAGUCUUUUGCAAAUGACAGAAAAAUUUUUUCAUGCAAUCAUUAAUUCUUCUUCGGAGUUCCCACCACAGCUUCGCAGUGUGUGCCAUUGUUUAUACCAGGCAACUUGCCACUCUCUACUGAAUAAAGCUACCGUAAAAGAAAAAAAGGAAAACAAAAAAUCAGUUGUUAGUCAGCGAUUUCCUCAGAACAGCAUUGGAGCAGUUGGAAGUGCGAUGUUCCUUCGGUUCAUCAAUCCCGCGAUCGUCUCCCCUUACGAGGCAGGGAUUUUAGAUAAAAAGCCUCCACCAAGAAUUGAAAGGGGAUUGAAACUCAUGUCAAAGAUACUUCAGAGUAUUGCCAACCAUGUCCUGUUUACAAAAGAAGAACAUAUGCGGCCUUUCAAUGAUUUUGUAAAAAGUAAUUUUGAUGCAGCACGAAGGUUUUUCCUUGAUAUUGCAUCUGAUUGCCCAGCUAGCGACACUGUCAAUCACAGCCUGUCUUUCAUCAGUGAUGGCAAUGUACUUGCUUUGCACCGGUUGCUGUGGAACAAUCAGGAAAAAAUUGGCCAGUACCUUUCCAGCAACAGGGACCACAAGGCUGUUGGAAGACGACCUUUUGACAAGAUGGCUACUCUUCUUGCCUAUCUGGGUCCUCCUGAGCACAAACCUGUGGCAGAUACCCAUUGGUCCAGUUUAAAUCUCACUAGUUCCAAAUUUGAAGAAUUUAUGACAAGGCAUCAGGUACAUGAAAAAGAGGAGUUCAAAGCACUGAAAACAUUAAAUAUUUUCUACCAAGCUGGGACAUCAAAAGCUGGAAAUCCUGUUUUCUACUACAUUGCUCGGCGAUUCAAGACUGGUCAGAUCAACGGAGAUUUAUUGAUAUACCAUGUACUGCUAACUCUGAAGCCAUACUAUGCAAAGCCAUAUGAAAUUGUAGUGGACCUCACACACGCUGGCCCCAGUAAUCGCUUUAAAACAGACUUUCUUUCUAAAUGGUUUGUAGUUUUUCCAGGCUUUGCUUAUGAAAAUGUCUCAGCAGUUUUUAUUUAUAACUGUAACUCGUGGGUCAGAGAAUACACCAAAUACCAUGAAAGGCUCUUGACAGGUUUGAAAGGAAGCAAAAGGCUUAUUUUCAUAGACUCUCCAGGGAAACUGGCAGAGCACAUCGAACAUGACCAGCAGAAACUCCCAGCAGCUACCUUGGCUUUGGAGGAGGACUUGAAAGUGUUUCACAAUGCUCUCAAACUGGCUCAUAAAGACACCAAAGUUUCUAUUAAAGUUGGGUCGACAGCUGUGCAGGUGACGUCAGCGGAACGAACAAGAGUCCUGGGACAAACAGUGUUUUUAAAUGAUAUAUACUAUGCCUCUGAAAUUGAGGAAAUAUGUCUUGUUGAUGAGAACCAGUUUACCUUAACCAUUGCCAACCAAGGCACACCACUCACCUUCAUGCAUCAGGAGUGUGAAGCCAUCGUUAGGUCCAUCAUUCAUAUACGGACACGGUGGGAGCUGUCACAACCAGACUCCAUCCCACAGCAUACUAAAAUUCGUCCUAAGGAUGUCCCUGGAACACUACUGAACAUAGCGCUGCUCAACCUGGGAAGCUCGGACCCCAGUUUGCGGUCUGCUGCCUAUAAUCUUCUAUGUGCCUUAACCUGUACCUUUAAUUUAAAGAUUGAGGGCCAGUUACUGGAAACUUCAGGUCUGUGUAUUCCUGCCAACAACACACUAUUUAUUGUAUCUAUUAGUAAGACUCUUGCAGCUAACGAACCACACCUUACCUUAGAGUUCUUGGAAGAGUGUAUUUCUGGAUUUAGCAAAUCUAGUAUUGAACUGAAACAUCUUUGUCUGGAGUAUAUGACUCCCUGGCUGUCCAAUCUGGUCCGAUUCUGUAAACACAAUGAUGAUGCUAAGCGCCAGCGAGUCACUGCUAUUCUUGAUAAGCUUAUAACAAUGACAAUAAAUGAAAAACAGAUGUAUCCUUCCAUUCAAGCUAAGAUAUGGGGAAGUCUUGGACAGAUAACAGAUCUCCUUGAUGUAGUGCUGGACAGUUUCAUCAAAACGAGUGCCACAGGGGGCUUAGGGUCUAUAAAAGCUGAGGUUAUGGCAGACACAGCCGUAGCGCUUGCUUCUGGAAACGUAAAACUGGUUUCAAGCAAAGUGAUUGGAAGGAUGUGUAAAAUAAUUGACAAGACUUGUCUGUCUCCAACUCCUACACUGGAACAGCACCUGAUGUGGGAUGAUAUUGCUAUUCUAGCACGUUACAUGCUGAUGCUCUCCUUUAACAAUUCUCUGGAUGUGGCAGCACAUCUCCCCUACCUCUUUCACGUAGUUACUUUAUUGGUGGCCACUGGUCCCCUUUCUCUCAGAGCUUCCACUCAUGGUCUCGUCAUCAACAUCAUUCAUUCUCUUUGCACUUGUUCACAGCUUCACUUUAGUGAGGAGACCAAGCAAGUUUUAAGGCUGAGCUUGACUGAGUUCUCUCUGCCCAAAUUUUAUUUGCUGUUUGGAAUCAGCAAAGUGAAAUCAGCCGCGGUCAUAGCGUUCCGAUCCAGCUAUCGAGACAGGUCGUUUUCACCUGGUUCCUAUGAAAGGGAGACUUUCGCACUGACUUCGUUGGAAACUGUUACUGAAGCUUUGCUGGAGAUCAUGGAGGCUUGUAUGAGGGAUAUUCCAACAUGCAAGUGGCUGGACCAGUGGACUGAACUAGCUCAAAAGUUUGCAUUCCAAUAUAACCCAUCCCUGCAGCCAAGAGCACUUGUUGUCUUUGGCUGUAUAAGUAAACGUGUCUCUCAUGGACAAAUAAAACAAAUAAUCCGAAUUCUUAGCAAGGGACUUGAGAGCUGUUUAAAAGGCCCUGAUAAUUACAAUAGCCAAGUUCUAAUAGAAGCUACAGUUAUAGCACUCACCAAGCUGCAGCCUCUUCUUAAUAAGGACUCUCCUAUGCACAAGGCCCUCUUUUGGGUAGCUAUGGCAGUACUGCAGCUAGACGAAGUAAACUUGUACUCAGCAGGUACAGCACUACUUGAACAGAAUCUGCAUACCUUGGAUAGCCUUCGAGUAUUCAAUGAUAAGAGCCCAGAAGAGGUGUUUAUGGAGAUCAGGAGGCCACUCGAAUGGCACUGCAAGCAGAUGGAUCAUUUUGUUGGGCUAAAUUUCAACUCCAACUUUAACUUUGCACUAGUGGGACACCUCCUGAAAGGGUACAGGCAUCCUUCACCUACCACUGUAGCAAGAACAGUAAGGAUUUUACAUACACUACUAGCUCUGGUUAACAAACAUAGGAACUGUGACAAGUUUGAGGUGAACACCCAGAGUGUGGCUUACCUAGCAGCUUUGCUGACAGUAUCUGAGGAAGUUCGAAGUCGCUGCAGUCUAAAACAUAGGAAGUCUCUCUUAUUGACAGAUGUUUCAAUGGAAAAUGUUCCUAUGGAUACAUAUCCCAUACAUCACAGUGACACUAGCUAUAGGACACUAAAGGAAAAUCAACCAUGGUCAUCACCAAAGGGGUCAGACAGACAUCUGGCUGCCAGUUACCCGACAGUGGGACAGAUAAGCCCUCGAACACGAAAAUCCAUGAGUUUGGAUAUGGGGCAGCCUUCACAAGCGAACACUAAAAAGCUUCUAGGUACAAGGAAAAGUUUUGACCAUUUGAUAUCGGACACAAAGGCUCCUAAAAGGCAAGACAUGGAAUCUGGAAUCACAACGCCUCCCAAAAUGAGGAGAGUAGCCGAAAAUGAUUAUGAAAUGGAAACCCAGAGAAUAUCACCGCAGCAACACCCACAUCUUCGAAAAGUUUCUGUUUCUGAGUCGAAUGUCCUCCUAGAUGAAGAAGUUCUGACUGACCCAAAAAUUCAGGCACUGCUGCUUACAGUUCUUGCAACGUUAGUGAAGUACACUACUGAUGAGUUUGACCAGCGGAUUCUGUAUGAGUAUUUAGCAGAAGCCAGUGUUGUCUUCCCAAAGGUCUUUCCUGUUGUGCAUAAUUUAUUGGAUUCCAAGAUCAAUACCCUUUUAUCGCUGUGCCAGGAUCCAAAUUUGUUGAAUCCAAUUCAUGGGAUUGUUCAGAGUGUUGUCUACCAUGAAGAGUCUCCACCCCAAUACCAAACCUCUUAUCUACAGAGUUUUGGAUUUAAUGGGUUAUGGAGGUUUGCUGGCCCAUUUUCUAAGCAAACACAAAUCCCAGACUAUGCUGAGCUCAUAGUGAAGUUUCUUGAUGCCUUGAUUGACACGUAUUUGCCUGGAAUUGAUGAAGAAACCAGUGAAGAAUCUCUCCUGACACCCACAUCUCCAUAUCCUCCCGCAGUGCAGAGCCAACUUAGCAUUACUGCUAACCUUAACCUUUCCAAUUCCAUGACCUCGCUCGCAACUUCCCAGCACUCCCCAGGGAUCGACAAGGAGAACGUGGAGCUCUCGCCCACCGCCGGACACUCCAACAGUGGGAGGAUGCGCCACGGCUCCGCAAGCCAAGUGCAAAAGCAGCGAAGUGCUGGCAGUUUCAAACGUCACAGCAUCAAAAAGAUUGUGUGACUAUUUCUUUUUAGGUUUGGGGUUUUUUUUUGGGAAACUGACUGACACACACGGGCCUCUCGCAAAGGGCACUCCACCGGUUGUGAUGCUGCACUUAAUUUUUAAAGUUCCCAUCCUGUCAGCCGUGUUGCCAGAUGAUCAACUCUUGAAACAUUGCCUGAAUUUUAAUGCCUUCAUUUCUUUUCUUGUUUUUGAUUUAAGCCAGUGUUUCAGAACCGCUCCUACAGAUCCCGACGGACCUUGUAGCCGAAGGAGGUGUGGAGUUCUUUAACACUGCGGAACGGUCUCUUGUCCAAAUACGAAAGCCAUUUCCCAUAGACAGUUCUACCUUGCUUCUGUUGUCUGCCUUGUUUGUUUCUUCUCUAAAGGAAAGUGUUAAUCCUUAAUCCUGUUUGCACACUUUUCAAGGUAGUGGCUUUAUGAGCCGGGGGAAGUUACUAUAAUCCUGGUUUUAAUUCAAACCUGUAAGAUUUUUAGCUGUGGACUUUUUUUUACCAUACUUAAAAGAAACUUACGAUAGCUGCAGUACAAUGAGCUUAACCAGAAGUGGUGGGUUAGAUUAAAUUUCUAGUAAUUAGCAAUAAAUUUGAGAAGACAAGGAGGCUGCAUGAGUCUCUUUCAUUCCCCAGACCAUAGCUUCACAUACUUGGACUGUAUAUGGACCAGACUGGACAAACUGGCUUUUUUCCAAAGCAAAUUUUUUUUUUUGCUGUACUUUAACUGCACUAAAAAAGGUUGUAUAGUGGAAAGAAAAUCAUCGAGAACUGACUAUUACGCUGUCAUGGGAGCAGCGUUGAAAAUCUAUUGGUUCUUUUUUCCAUUUAGCGUAUACUUUAGUUUUGCCCUUCCCAACAAUAUGCACCUUCGGGAAAUUCCUGGCAGAAUAACCAGUGGGGUACGGAGGGGAAAAUUGAAUGAAUCAACUUCCAGCUCUGGGAGGUGGUGUUCGGCAAAGCUGCUUUUGUGCUGCCCAAGCAGUGAUAGAAAAACAGCAAUGUUUGCUUAAGGUACAUGAGUUGAAAAUAACUGACACUGUGUCAAAUCCAGGUUACGUUUGAAUGUUUGCAGUGCAAUUCCUGGUAUCAGUGCAGACACCUGCAGUCAAACCCGUCUUGCAGAACUUCCAAGGGGUUUCGGUUUGCAAGGGGUCGUACUUGGGGGUUACACAAAACUGAAGUUGCGGUCACUGUGAAAGACUUGUCAGCUACAGUCGUGUAUCCGCGAUGGACGACUGUGAGAACAUGCUGCUAUGUUGAUGACGCGUAAAGGUGCGGCGCUGGGUGCUGCCGAUGCUGCCUGCACGGACUGCAAACGUGCAGAGCGCUUGAUCUCGGAGGCGAGCAGAAGUUCUGACAAAAGGGCCUCUCACCUGGGUGCUCACUGGAGGGCUGAGUUCCUGCUGAAGAAGUCAAACUUCCCAGGGGUUUCAGAUCCCCGUUGUAUGUUAGAAAUUAACAAUCUCUAAGUGGCUUUAAAGGAAAAAAAGUGUAUCCACUAUAUAAAAUGAAAUCCUCUAGUGCAAUUUUGUUAGUGGCUUUCCGUAAAUCAAACUCCACAGCUAAAUUAUUAGAGAAUGGUACAAGUAAGUGUUCAGAUUUUAUUGAUAUAGCACAUAAUUCACAUGUAUCCACACAGUAACAAUGUAACAUUUAUGUAAAUAAAAAUACCUUUAUUGUAUUGAUUCAUAAAAUAACAAUUUAAUUUCUUUAAUUUGUUUACAGUCCUGGAAAAACUAUGAACACAAACGUAAUAUGCAAAUAGUUUGCCAAAACAAGGGGAAAACUUAGAAUUCGCAGUCUUGAAAUAGAUACGUUGGAAAAUACGAAGACUCGUGCAAU